AUGUCCUCUGCUCAUGAUGCCACCACCAAGAUCUCCAUCGACAAGUUCGACGGCGACAACUACGCGACGUGGAGCCGCUACAUGCGUGGCGUGUUCCUGACCAAGUCGGCGUGGCACGUGGUGAACCGGGAGACCACCCCCACCUUCGCCGAUCCUCGCGCCAGUGACGACUACGUCAAGACGAACAACAUUGCGUUCGGCUUGAUGCUGCUGCACAUGAGCGCGGAUUAUCAUCACGUGGUUGAUGACUGUGAAGAGGCGUGGGUCGCGUGGGCACUUUCGAAGACGCUGUACGGCGGGUCGCAGAAGGCUGGACGCAUCUACUUGAAGCGCCAGCUGUUCAGCAUGGAGAUGGCGGAAGGCGGAAAUGUGAUGCAUCAUUGCAACGAAGUCCUCAACAUCAGCGCGAAGCUCAGCAGCAUCGGCGCCAAGAUGGAGGACGAGGACGUGGCGAUCUGCUUGUUGCGCAGCCUCCCCAAGAGCUACGAGAACGUCGUUCUCAACUUGGAGAUGAGCAGCGCGGAACUGCGAUCGCGAGACGUCGUGAGAGUGCUCACGAAUGAGCACAUCAAGAGGCAAGGUGACAAGACGACAUCGGUGAAGACUGAAGACGCGGCCAAGGCGUUUACCGAGCGUGAACCGCAUCACUGCACGUACUGCGGAAAAUUGGGACAUACGGUAGAACGAUGCUGGAUCAAGCAGAAGGACGAAAAUCAAGGUGGAGCUCGACGCGGCGGCAACAAUGCUCGUGGACGCGGAGCCAACAACGUUCAGUGGCGAACCAACAACAACAACGACGACAACUACGAUCGAGUUGCCUUCGCGGUUUCGCUGGAGGCUGGACUUUCGACGGGCAAGAAUAUGCCAGGGAUGUGGGCAGUCGACAGUGGUGCGACGCAUCACAUCUGCAACGACAAAGCCAAGUUUGCAAGCCUGAAUGAGCGAGAGGAAGGCGAACUAUCAGUGGCUGAUGGCAGCAAGGCUGCGAUCAAGGGUGUGGGAACCAUCAUGGAACGGGUGGUUCUGCCCAAUGGUGACGAACGCGACAACGGGUUCGUACCAAGUAUGAGCAAGAAUCUGCUUUCGGUGCCACAGAUCAACAAGGGUGGCAGGUUCCAAGUCGUGUUCGAUGGGUCCAAGAUGCAAGUGAAGCGCAAGAAUUCCACACAAGUCGUGGCAACAGCGGAUCUCGUCGAUGGACUUUACUGGCUGCGGACUCCUCAACGAUCGGCAAAUGCAGCAACACGCAAUGGGACCAUCGACUUGCAUGCGCGCAUGGGUCAUGCACCCCUCGAAGUUCUGCGCAUGAUGGUGGCCACUGGCAUGAUCAAGGACGCCAAGGCACCUCUCAACUCGACUGGUCCAAGUGUGUGUCGCGGUUGCCAGCAAGGAAAGAUGGUCCAAAAACCAUUCUUAACCAACCGUGACAAACGCCAAUAUGGUGUGUUCGAGUUGCUGCACUUCGACAUCUGCGGGCCAAUGGAACCAGUCUCGAUCGGUGGCAGCAGAUACUUACUGCUUGUGGUUGAUGAAGCCAGCGGUUGCAUGAAGGGCUUCUGUCUGCGGUCCAAGUCUGAGAGUGAAGACUGUAUCAAGAACCACAUUAUCAAGAUUCAAACUCAGUUCGGCACGAAGAUCAAGUUUGUUCGGCACGAUGGAGCGCAUGAGUUUGCGACCAGCUCCAUCAAGACCUUCUACGAAGAUCAUGGUAUCGAACAACAGAUCACGGUGCCGUAUGCACACCAGACCAACGGCACCGCAGAACGAGCGAUAAGGACCAUCGUCACGAUCGGACGCAGCUUGUUGCAUCAUGCAAAACUGGAGAAGUGUUUCUGGGCUGAAGCGGCAAUGACGGCGAUCUACAUCAAGAACCGCCUGCCUUCACCCAAGAUCGACCACAAGACUCCGUUCGAGAUCGUGUACAAGUCGAAACCAAGUGUCAAGCACAUGCGCGUGUUUGGAUGUCGGGCGUUUAUCCUGACACCAAGGGAGAAGCGAUUGAAGUGGGACCCGAAGGCUCGUGAAGGGAUGUUCAUGGGCUACGAAGAAGCGUCAAAAGCUUAUCGAGUGUACGACAUUGAGGCGGGCCAAGUGGUGAUCAGUCGUGACAUCACCUUCGACGAAUCGACUUUUGACUUUUCAAUGGACCGACCAAGUGACGAUGAUGAAGAUGCGGAGUUGGACCUCGACCUCCUGGCGAUCAACGAGGACGACGUGCGUCAAACCGUCUACAAGCAGACUGGCAAGCGCAAGAGUGAAGCAAGACCCGGCAUGUCACGUUCAGCUCGCCCUCGAACUGGGUUGGAACAAGCAAGUGCGCCGGAACACGUCUCCAACCGUCACCAGAAACGACGAUCAAGUGCUCCUGAAACGAUGUCUGAUGACGAAGAAGAUGCAAGCGUCUACGAUCAAGAUGACGACUCGACACCUCCAACAUUUUGGCGUGCAAGUGCAAACGCAGUGGAAGCAACGGACCUAGCAGAACCUGUGACUUUUCAAGACGCGAUCAAUGGUCCUGAUCAAGCUCACUGGCGAAAUGCUGUGAAGGCGGAACUCAAGUCGAUGCAUCUUCGUGGAGUUUUCCGUGCGGCAAAACUGCCAAGAGGCCAAGGCGCGAUCGGCAACAAGUGGGUGUUCAAGAUCAAGCGCAAAGCGGAUGGAUCGGUCGAGAAAUACAAGGCGCGUCUCGUUGCCAAGGGCUUCAAGCAGAAGUAUGGCAUCGACUACACAGAGACGUUCUCGCCCGUGGUCAAGUACGUGACACUGCGUAUGGUGAUCGCGAUCACCAAGUAUUUCGACUGGCCACUGGACCAACUCGAUGUGGUGACAGCCUUUCUCUACGGAGUGAUGAAGGAGAAGGUGUACUGCGUGAUACCAGAAGGCGUCGAGAUGGAUGGCGACUUCGACUGUCUCGAGUUGGUGAAGGCGAUCUACGGUCUCAAGCAAGCUUCACGUGUGUGGAACGAGACUUUCGACGAGUUCGUAUGCUCUAUCGGUUUCGAAGCGUCGGCGUUCGACCCAUGUCUCUACAUCAAGGUUGUCGACGGUCACUGUGUGCUCGUGCUGGUCUACGUGGAUGACGUGUUGGUCACCGGCAGCUCGCUCGAGUUGAUUGCGCAGACGAAGGCCGACCUCAAGACGCGUUUCGAGAUGACCGACAGUGGCAAGUCGACGGUUGUCAACGACAUCCUCAAGCGCUUCGGCAUGGAUGAGUGCAAGGCCACAGCAAGUCCGGUCGACUUGAGCACUCGGCUUGUCGGAAGCAGCGAAGCGGCCAAGAUCGACGUUCCGUUUCGUGAAGCUGUGGGAGCUUUGAUGCACUUGACGACUGCGACGCGCCCGGACAUUGCGUAUGCUGUGGGGUACGUCUCGCGCUUCAUGGAGAAUCCGCAGCAAGAACAUUGGACGGCGGUGAAGCGCAUCUUUCGUUACUUGCAAGGGACCAAGUCGCACGGACUCCGCUUCCAGCCAAGCGACAAGAUCGACUUUCGUGGCUACUCGGACGCGGACUGGGCCGGAGACCACGCUGAUCGCAAGUUGACUUCGGGUUACACUUUCAUGCUGAUGGGUGCUCCUGUGAGUUGGGGAAGCAAGAAGCAGUCAAGAAGGCAAGUGGGUGCAUCGCCUGCUAUGCGAGAUUUUGGCGGCCGCAACAACGAACCAGGACCGGACCUCGUCAUCCGUGAAGACAACCAGUCGUGCACCAAGAUGACGAAGAAUCCGGUGAAUCAUGGCUGCGCCAAGCACAUCGACAUCAAGUACCAUCACAUCCGUGAUGAGGUCAAGCGCGGUGAAGUGCAGCUCGAGUAUUGCGAGACUUCCGUGAUGAUGGCGGACAUCAUGACCAAGGGACUUUCGGGACCUCGCCACAAGAACUUGACGACGGCUCUCGGCAUUCGUGCGAGUUCGGAUUGA